UAAACAGGCACUCGAGGUUUUAAGAGUUAUCUGUAUCCUUUGUUAUUAUUCUCCGGAUUAGAAUUCUCUUCUUCUGCUGUCGAGUGUCGAGAUAAAAGCACAUUUAGUCUUGCUCAGCUGAUUGCCUCGGUGUUAUCGUAAACUUCAUACUGCAGCUAAAACAAUGUCUCUAUCGACUGUAUUUCGGUUAUCAAGAACCGUAUUAAGAACCGGAAUUGCAAAUUUAGACAAAAGAAGGCCGCUGCAAAUUAUAACAAGUGACCUAAGGCCGCGAUUCUUCGCUGUUUCUAGUGUCUUCCGUAAAGACUGGGUUGAGGUUACAUUUGAGACAGUAGAUGGAUCCCAUACAGUCAAAGGAAAAGAAGGCGACAAUCUUCUUGAUGUUGUUAUUAAUAACGACUUAGACCUUGAUGGUUUUGGUGCAUGUGAAGGGACGCUGUCAUGUUCCACCUGCCAUCUUAUUUUUAAGAAAGAGGAUUUUGAUAAGAUAGAAGAUCCAUGCACGGAUGAGGAAUUAGACAUGUUGGAUUUAGCAUAUGGUCUCUCUGAUACGGGAGCUUGUGUGUCGCUGUCAGGUUCAGGCUUCUUGGGUAUAUACCAACUUGGUGCAGUUGAAUGUUUGCAGCGGUUUUGGCCACAGCUCUUAGAAAAGGCAAAUCUAGCAGGUGCAUCAGCUGGAGCUGUUUUGGCAGCAUGUAUAGCCUGCAGUGUUCCUACAGAAAAAAUUAGACAAAGUUUCAUGUUAACAGCUGUAGAAGCUCAUAAAUGGGCAAUCGGUCCUUUCAACCCAAAUUUCAAAAUUGAAGAUUAUCUUCGAACAGCUCUUGAAGUCCUGCCUCCAGAUGCUCAUGUUAGGGCCAAUGAUCAUUUAUUUGUUUCACUUAGCAAGUUAGAAAACUCAGCUCACAAUGUUUUGAUAUCUAAUUGGGAAUCAAGAGAAGAUUUAAUUUCAUGCCUCUUGUGCUCUUGUUUUAUCCCAGUUUUCUCAGGUAUUACACUUCCCACAUUUCGUGGAGAAAAGGUAAUGGAUGGAGGCUUUACAAAUAAUUUACCAACUACAAAUCAGCCUACAAUUACAAUAAGUCCAUUUAAUGGAGUGGUAGACAUUUGUCCUGUUGAUAAUAUCAGGUAUCCAUUUUAUGUAACACUAGCAAAUGAGUGUAUAUCUGUAACGCCAAGAAAUUUAAUGCGAUUUGUACGUGCUUUGUUACCACCACCGGUUGAGGACUUGGAAAGCUUAUAUAAUAUGGGGUAUUGGGAUGCUUAUGAAUUUCUCAAAAGGAGAAGUUCACAAGAAAAGAGAUUAUUAAAAGAUUAGAGCUUGUCAAAAAUGAGUAAGCAGACCAAACAAAUUUUUGGUACAAGUCACUAAGUGUAUUGAAACUUACAAUGAUUAUAGUUAUAAAUACAUUAGUUGUUAGUUUAACCCUUUGGGAUUCAGAGGAGGGUCCUUCGGCAAAUCAUACUCAAACUACCUAUGGGCAAAUCAGUGUUUCUCUAUUCUGUCACUUGCAGUACAUUUUUUUCAGUAUAAUGGCAGAUACAUUGCCAGUUUGAAAUAUGACAAAUUUUCAAUCAAUUUGUUGGUUUGUUAAAAAAUGGAAAAUGAAUAUAAAGUCAGUAUGUACUGGUGUGGUAGUCCAACAAUGCAUGUACCACCUGGAACAACAGAUGUCACUCAUUUGCCUCAUUUUGUGAGUGCAUUGCUGUUACAGCUCUGUUCAGAAUUUUCCAGGUCUUUUGCCUGUAGUUGUUUUCAAGCAUUGCCUCACGGUUAUCUAGCCAUAUCAUCAUUCUUUUCAUCUUUUAUCACUUCUUUAUUAGGUUGUAUAAUAGUUCUUUGCUAUUCCUUUGGCCCCAGCUGCACUGGUUUUUUUCCUUUUACUUUUCAUCAGCAGCCUCCAGCAACCUCCAGUCUUCGUUGUAAUUACAUAUACAACUUCCUUAACUUUAUGCUUUCUUCCAAAUGUUAUCUCUAGGUAAUGACAGAGCUUUUGGGUAAGCCUUGUGCUAGUCUAACAAUGCAACUCUGUUCAAGUUAAACUAAAUAAUAAUAAUAAUAAUAAUCACUAUCAUCAUUUUCAUCAUCAUCCUCAGAGUCAGAGAAAUAAGUCAUGCCACCCUCUCUAGUCAACUUAUCCAUCCUCAUUUUGUUGUUAAGAAAAUUGCAUCUUCCAAAAUACUGAGGAACCACUACAAGUUUCAGCUAUGAUGCAGCAAGCAUCUCAGGUACCAGUCAGGAAAAAACCAAGUGAUAAUUAUGGUUAUCUGUAGUACAGGCAGUCCCCGGGUUACGACGGGUUCGGCUUACGACGUUCCGAGGUUAAGGCGCUUUUCAAUUAUAUUCAUCAGAAAUUAUUUCCAGGGUUACAAUGCUUGCAACACUGAUCUGGCAGAUGAAAUAUGACACCAAAAAUGCAAAAUAAUCAAUAUUUGAAGUUUUUUUCAUGAAAAAUGCAAUAAGAAGUUUGCAUAGUUUUCAAUGCAUUAAAAGUAAGGUUUUCUUAGUAUUUUUGAUGAUGUUCCGACUUACGACGAUUUUCAGCUUACGACGCGUCUCAAGAACAGAACCCCCGUCGUAACCCGGGGACUGCCUGUAUAUCAGACUUAAUGGCAAACAAACGGUCAGCUUCUAGUAAGCCAGUCACUGGGAAGCUGGUCAGAAUAGGGUCAGAAUAGACUCAGUCAGGAGAAUGCUUCUAUGCAGUCAUGGAAACUGCAAAACAGAAUCAGUUAGGGUCCUUGUUAAUAAUGAAGUGGGCAUUUAUACCAGUCACAAACCUGUGUAGGGAGAUUUAGAUGUACAUAAUCCUGAUUAAAGGGAGCCUUUUCUAUAUAACCAGAUACCUAAGGUGUGACCUAGUACAAGUUAAGAACCAGAGGCCAUAAUGUGAUAUUAAUAAAAAAUAGUGGAGAAGGGCUUACUCUUGAUACAAGCUACCUGGAAGAUAAUGCAAAGGAAUUUAGAGGGAAUAUGGAGAAAGGAAGGUCUUCUUCAUAUUGUGAUGUGGGUGAUGACAAAUGAUGCUUUUGUAGAUGACACCAUGUGUGUCUUAUGGUUAGAGAAAGAUAAAAGGGACAAAACAAAUCCCCUUGGAGUAGUUGAACCUAACUGGCAUGCAAAGACACUGAAUCAUUUGUCUUUUCCCUCAAGCAGGACAGGUAUAGAACAAUGAGAACUGGAUGUAUUUAGUACAUACAUACAGUAGUGCCUCAGGAUACAAAAUUAAUCCGUUCCGAAGCGGCCUUCGUAACGUGAUUUUUUCGUAUCUUGAACUACGUUUUACUUGUAAAUUGCCUAAUUCAUUCCAAGCCCUACAAAAACACCACAGUAAAUUUUAUAAUAAAGCUAAAUUGACCAAUAAACAAUGAAAUACAACAAUGUGGACCAUUCAAUACCUAACAUAACCUAUAUUGUAGUACAUACCUGUAAAUAAAGUGCAUUAGUGUACAUGUUACAAGAAAUACUUUAUGCACAUGUACGUACAUAGUAUGUAGUAAAAUGUGGAACCUUACCUUUUGAGUGAGGCGAUCUCCGAAAGUGGCAUCAGAGGAGGAGGACAAAUGGCAGAAAACAUGAACACCUAACUUUAUAUAACACAUCAAAAAAUGGCAGAAAACAUUAACACUAAACUUUACGAAACACAUUAACAAAUGGUAGAAAACAUUAACACUUCUUGAUUAUCUCCAUCUUCAUUCUCCAUAAAAAGCAUCCUCUUCUUUCCGUGAACUUCAGCAACAUUCUUGGGAUCCAUGGCUAAUAUCGUAAGUAAUUAAGUUCACACACAACACGAUAAAGUAACUUACAGUACAACGAAAGCAAAAUCACUAACACGAAUUUACGUUAACAAACGAAAUAUAUGUGAACGAACGAAUUCCAGUGUUUACGAUAACGCUGCCGCAAAAAAUGGUCAAGGAACGCCUUUACAUAGAGGCAUGAUGCUGACCAAUAGGAGAGCAGGAUCUUACGGUGGUGACUAGCAUCAGGAACCAAUGGGAGAGUGGGAGGAUGGUGGCGAGUCUACUCAGUUGGUGGCUCACGAGUUUUAAAAUUGUUCUCGGUGGUCCGGGCAAAUCUCGGACUUUACCCUUGUGCAACUUGAAUCAUUUUCGUAUACAGAAGCAAAAAAUCUUCGUCUUUGCUUUCGUAACUUGGAUUUUUCGUAAGUAGGGACUUUCGUAUGUCUAGGUUCCAAUGUAUUUGGCCAGUAUUAUUUUCUUCUGAAUUUGCAGUCAUCUGCUUAUCAAAUGCCCAGAAGGUGAAAGAAUUGGGGCAAUUGAAAUUUUAUGAAGCAUAAGGGAUAAGAAUAACUCUGAUAGCUUUUGGAAUUAAGCAGAAGAAAUGUUAUGUAGAAUUGUGCAGAUGGAUAGUUUUCACCAAGUAAUUUCAUUUAUAUCUGCUCAUGUUAAAAUUUAUUCCAUGUUUGAACAGGUCACACAGUAACAAGGCAGGUAAUAAUGAACAAACUAUACUUUUAUAUGUAAGUGUACAGUACAUUACCAUAGAAUAUGUACUGUAUAUAACAGCAUGUAAUCAACUCUGUGUAAAGUCGAUCCCUAAAAGUUUUACAUUAAUUCAGGUUUAGGAGUAUAUUCACCAGAUGAGUCGGCCUCCAAAACAAGGGAGUAGGAUGUCCAUCUGUCUGAGUUAUUACUAGCUAAUUGAUGCUCUUCAUCUAUAGGUAUUAUUCAUAGGGAACAAAAAAUGAGAUGUAGGCUAGGCAGUUCCAUUUACUGUUACUCAUAGCACAUGACUCUGUUAACAAAAUCUUAAUACAGAAAUCCUGGUAAUAAGAUAUGUAUGUAAUAUAAAGUUAAUUGCUAAAAGAGCCUUCAAUAAGCCUUUGUAAAAUCAUAUGCUGUACCAUGGUUAAACAUAAGGUAAUAUGUUUGCCGUUUGUAAUUUUCACUGAUGACUAGAUAUGGUCAUAAUUAGUAUCAUCUGAUAAACUAAUCCUUUAUGAUAAUAAUAAUAAUAAUAAUAAUAAUAAUGAUAAUAAUAAUAAUCUGAUGAGAAUCUAGGAGAACUAAAAAAUAAUGAAAAAUGUAUGAAAGUUCAAUAGUGAGGGUAUGUAAAUGAAGUUAAUAUCUACAUCAGAGUUGUUUUGCCUUCCCUUUACUGUUUGUUCUGGUACACAAGUUGUCAGAAUAAUCCUAUUUCUAAGAAGACUGUCUCGUGGCUGCACCAAGUUAUUUCAUAGGAUUUUGUUGGUGUGUCUUUAGAUCUUAUUUUCAAGAUCAAGGCUCUUGAGAGAGAUUUACCCCCUCCUUCCCAGAACUCAUGGGUUCAUCACUCCCCAAGAAGAUCCAGCUGUAGAAGGUUGAGCUAAAGACUUGAAUAACAGGGAGAUGAAGUAUUCAAAGAAGCAGCCAAAGAAGAGACAAUAGUAGUGUACUUUGGGCGACAAAAAAACUAGUGGAAAGGCAAGACAGUGGAUGACCAGAAGUAUAGGGGCAUCUGGACUUUGAAUUCGUUCCUUUGACAGGGACCAAGGAUGUGAACCACAGUCAUGGUGGUGAGCAGAAAGCUGUCUAGAGUACUGAUGAAGUCAAAUGGCAGUGAUUGCAAGCUUGGGAGGUAAAGAAUCCUCAAAACUUUUUUUUUUAAGAUCUUUUUUGGUAAAAGAGUCUCAUGGAAGCUACAGGAGGAGGCCCAAUUGGUAGAAGACACUCUUUCAGGAUGAAAGUAAUCUGUAAAGACAAAGUGAUGAAACCUCAAGUUGUAGAGACAAAGGAGCUACCACAGAAGCAUGUGAGGAAACCCAAGCUGGCAAGAAUGCACUGGGCAAAGUUAGCAAGGAGGCAAAUUAGAGUACAAAUGUUAAAGUGGGAAUAGUCAAGGUUGCUGAGAUAUAAGAACAUUCUGAGUAGCACAAGGCUCCUUUUGUUGGGGCAAAAUUCAUGGCAGUUGGACACUCAGAGCCAAAUAUACAGGGGAAGGAGAGUCAAACUGAGACUUGGAAGAGUAAAGCUGGCAAGGGUGCAGGCUCAGACAAUAGCAGAAAUGGUCAAACAAACAUGGGGAGUUAAAAAAUAAGGAACAGCUGAAAAUGUAGAAGCCAUUAGGUUUUGUGAAUACUAGAGUACAUUGGAGCAUAGAAACAUGCAAGAAGUAAAAAAAAAAUUGGAAUUGAUCCAUGUGUACAGAAGUCAAAGCAAACCGGAGCAGCAGCAAGUUCAGAGCCACCAUGGCAGUAAGGGUGACAGGGGUGACAGCACCUGAAGCCUUAAUCUGUUCCUGUAUGGAGGAAUCAACAGUGGCUAGGGGUUGAUUUGCAGCAUGGACAAAACCUUCACUAAGUCUUAUCAACACCCGUAUGUAUAGGAAAGGAAGGAUUUCAAAGUGGAAGACUCAGCCUGAGCAGAAAUAGGAGGAAGUCAAGCAGGAAGUUUGAAGGUAUAGCCCAUUACAACACUAGGGGACAUGAAUGAGAUGGAAGCUUUGACAGAAGACGUGAGAUUUACAGUCAUGGUCACAGAGCUGUAAAACAAAGUUGAGGCCUACAAAUCAAGAACAGCUGAAGUAGAUCAUCACUUGCAGGCUUGUAGCUAUAGCGCUGAUUUGGAUUCCAGCAGUUCUGACUAUAUCAGGUCAGUCAGGAGAGCACUGGAGCACCAAGUUACCUGCAUGAUGAGCAGUAGAAAAGAAGAUCUUUAUUGAAGGGUGACAGAAACAUAACACAGGACUUGCUACAAACAAAAAUCCCACUAAGGCAGGGUAUUCACAAUUUGGUUGAUCUGCCAGUUCACCUGGGACAGUUCAACGGAUGAGCAUUCACAUGAAUAGAGUAUAACUGUCAGUCAGACUGUCAACUUGAGGUCAUUGUCUUCAGUUCUCGUCUUGCCUUUGUCGUGGCAACGCUACAACCACCAAUGGGGACACUGCUGGCUGAUGAGGUGGAGCAAUAAGUCAUAACUCACUUGAAAAAAGGAAAAAAGCAAAAAGGUGAAACAAAGCAUGGUCUAAAUAUUGCCUAUUAAAGAGAGAAGUCUAUUCUCAUGCAAUAUUAUUGAAUAAGUUUAAAUUAGAACUGGGGGUUGGUUCAGUUAUUAAUGAAAUGAACCGUGAAGGCUACUUUCUUUAGUAACACCUUUCAUAAAAAGACAUGAAACUGGCCUAGGUCUAUACCAAAUUGUCUGUAUCACAUGGGAAUAUGCAGUGCAUCACCAACUUGCAAUGGAUUCUAUCUUACAGUGCUUUUUCGGUGCUGUAACUUGAUGUUGCAUCAAGUUAUGGUGCCAUAAGGGCCAUUGACAAUACUAAUGGUAAGAAUAGUAGGCAUCAACUUAACAGUGCUUACGGCGCUGUAACUUAAUGCAACAUUUUUACAUUUUUUUAUCGUAUAAUUUGGACUCACAAUGGUCUACAAUUAGCGCUGCAGGGUCUAACAAUGAUGAAUUAGGCCUAUAGUACAUAGUUUAUCCAUAUCUGGUCCGAGCAGCUGAGGUCCUUCCCAGGCAAAAUCCAAUUGCGAACUGUCAAAACUAUUGCUUAGCCAUCCACACAUGCAAUCACUUGUCAGUCAGUCGGGAGAACUGCAGUUAAUUCCAUCAUUUCAUGUUUUGGUGAGUGAACCAACUCUGCCCAUAAACUAUCGUCUAUAUGUAAGUUUUAAUGCCAGAUUCGAUGAACUGACAGAAGAACUGACAAGUAAACCUGUUCGUGAAUACCCGGCCCUAAGAGAAAUGCAAGGUUUAAAACAGCUUGGCAAAGGGAAAAACCACAAACUAGAAAUACAGGAACUUGAAAAUUACUGAAAUAGUUCUAAAAUUUGAGAAAUUAAAAUUGAUUGAAAAUCACUGGGAAGAACAGGAAAAGCAGAAUAUUAUUGCAAAGGCACUGGAAAAAAAGUUGGCUACUCACAGUAACCAUUGAUAAUAAAUAUAUAGCUUAAGUGCCAGCUUCAUGCAAAGUAAUCAUGGCAAUCCUGGAGUGGCUCAGCACAAAAACAGACUCUUGGUGGCUUUGGAAGAAUGGCAGCACAUCUGCACAGAAGAAAGAUGCACAGAAUGAGAAGUGUCCAUCACAUGGCCUGAUGUUGUUAACUGGCUUAUGUACAUUGAGGAUCUUUCUUUCUAUUUGAAAUUGGUGUGUUUUGCACAGGUUAAGAUGAGUCAGAGUUAAUUUGCUUACAAUAACAAACUUUCUGUCACCUUUUAAUAAUAAUAAUAUUGCACGGAGCCAGACUUACUGUUACUUCCAAGUGUUAAAACAAACGUGCUUGUCUUAGGUUUGUAUGUUACCUGGAAAUUUGUUAUUGACUGAUUGAUUGAUUAUGAGGUUUAGGCCUUAAGGCCUAUUAAGGAUGUGUGUUACAGCCUAUUAAGGAUGUGUGGGGCCGGAAGUUUCUUUGUAAUGUCAUUGGAAAUGCUUUUCAUCUUUACCUGGUUUUAUCAUGCUUAGUUUAACUUGCUUUUGUUUUUGUUUUGCCCUUAAAAUGGUUAACAAAUUCUACAUCUCAAUUAUUAUCUUUUGUGCAUUUCAUUGUUGUUAUUGUGAAUUUUAUUUGGGACAUUCACUUUCUUUAUGCUGAUAUGGGGUAGGAUCCUUCAUCACCAUGCUCACAAUUGACAUUGUGAAGUCAAGGUCACAUACUAUAGAACAUAAGCUUUAGCUCCUUUGUACUUUUGUGUUAUUUUCUUCUUGGCUCGUAAAUCAAUUAUUGUACAUUUAUGACUUGCUUUCCUUCUCCAUUAUAUGGUAGUUUUCCACCAGCCAUUGAUAAUUUUUGUAACAUGGCUGUUGAAGACAGACACUUAAGUAAGGUAAGAUAUACUUACUUUUUCAGAUGAAGAUAUUAGACCAAAGGAAGAAUCAGAGGUGUGAGCUGACUUGAUUAGUUGCAGAUUGCAAUUGCACAAAUUUUUGUUAUUCCUUAUUUUCACAUUGUGUCAUAGCAUAUUGAAUUAUUUUAGCAUGUCAGUUGUUUUUUCAUGUAGAUACAGAAUUACAACCUUAGGAGCUACACGCAUCAAGGUAUGACAGUACAUGACGGCUACUCAACUUUCCUUCGAGAAAGGGCUUUGUUGCACUACUGAUCAAUACCCUUGAAAUUGGACUGUAUUGCAGUUGGUGUUGUGGAAGAAUAAUCAAGUAGUGUUGUACUAAUGUUAUCGUGUUAGUUGCCUUUUUUCUGUUAUGAAGAAAACUCUUGGUUUUUCUUUUUUAUCGGAAGAAUAAAAUUGUUUCUGGUCUCAAGUGUUACAGGUCUACACUCCUACAAAUUCUUUUUUGUUGAGUCCUUCAGUUCCUUGUCUCCCAUUCUGAUCUUGUUUCAGAGAUCUUGCCAAUAACUUUUACAAAGUAGGGCUGUUCCUCCUCAGCUGGGUAAACUCUAGCUGUAACAAGUAAGGCAGUCCCCACUUAUCAGUGGCAUUGAUUAAUGGUGUUUUAGUUUUACAACCCGUAGGUGACAACAUUGUUAACCAGAUUUUCGGCGCCAGAAAGCAGUUUCACAGUAUUUCAGUUUUGCGAUGCUUAGCUAAUGGCGUUGUUAACCAGAUUUUCGACACCAUUACAUAGUAGAUUUUCGGCACUGGUAAUUGGCUUAUCGGUGUUGGUUGGUGGAUUAUCAACGUUGGUUGGUGGUUUAUCGGCGUCAGUAGGCGGUUUGUUGGUGUCUGCAAGUGGUUUGUUGGUACCCAUUGGUGCCUACAGCAUCAUAAACGCCAUUUAUUAUCGUAAUUGUUGUGGUGUUCUGGUUAACAAUGAUUUUUGAUUAUCGGCGCUCAGCCAGGAAUGGAACCUCUAUCAUUAACCGGUGACUGACUGUAAAUAUCUGUGUAAUCCUCUGCAAGACUUUUUGAUGUCUUUACCAUUCCUCUAGGUUAAUGAGUGUCAGCCAUGUUAUAUCUUAUACUGAUACUCAAAAAGAGACUUAAAAUUAAUGCAUACCAUACUUUAUUUUUAUUUCUGCAAAAAUCCAGGUUCUAAUGUAGAAGGAGUAAGUGCCUUAUGUCUUCUUGAGGUUCUGGUUACAUACAUAACGGAAAGCCCAAAGAGGUCACCUGUUUUGGCAUUUUCAUUUUUCAAACCUCUGGACAAGUAAGUUUGUUUCCUUGAGUCUGUUUCAACUGGAGUACCUUGUAGAGAAGUUUGAUGAGGGAUACAAUUUUAAUUUUGCCAAGAGGUCUUGAAGAUGGCCUAGGAGUUUAGUAUGAUACACAAAACCUAAAAGUGUGUGCUAUCAUGGAAAUUAAUAUUUUAUGGUAGUUACUUUCCUAAAUUCUUAUGGAGGAGUUAGCAUAGAGAACCUGUUCAUUUUGCAUGAAUAAGGCAAGUGGAAAUAGAUUUUGCCUAGCUGCAUGUAUGGGUAAGCAAAAUGAAAAGGUCUUUCAUUCUGGAUAUUCCUUUACUGCAUUCUUUGCAAUAUCUUUGUGCUCAGCAUUCCCUUUUCACUGAUUGUCUGCAUACUGCAGAGAAACUUUUACCUGUGCAUCUACAGUGACUACUCUGAGCACAGUCACCAGUUGGAUAGGAGGUUGCUGAUAAAUCCUUCAUUAUCCAUUCACUGUAUCACAAAUCUAUAGUUCUGUGCCCAGUGUCCUUACAAAUCCGUACAAAUUAUGUAAUUUAUAUAGGUAAUGUAAAGACAGUCUAGUAUUGCACAGUAUCCCUAAUUGUGUUGUUGGUGUGUGUCUAUAAUCUAGUAGAAUCAAUUGUUUUUAAAAACCUUCUCAAGGCUUAGUGGACAUUUUCCUUUUCAUUAUUAGAAAUGAGUUAAAUAAGACCACUGAGCCCCAUUUCUAGCUCCCUUCUGGGCUUAUCUGAAGGAGUGGUCUCACUUCUAGACCCUUAUAGAGUUUAAUUGAAGGAUUUGUUCUUUUGAGCAUUGCAGUAAAGUGAAGCUGAAGAACAUGAACCACCAAAUAAAAAAAAAGACCAAAGGGGCAUUGAAAUUUAAAAUAAGAAAGCAGUUUUGGUGAGCUGUAAGCAUGCUACAAGCAGCCUUUAGGAUCAUCUACUCUGUGCCAAGCAAGGCACAGUUUAUAGUGCCCCUUACAGGGAAUUUUUACCCUAAGAUUCCAAAGAAUGUGUAAUAACAAGUUACUACUGUAUUUAGUUGUGUUGUAGGCAUCAAAAAAUUUUUUUGUGUGGAAAUCGCUUUAGAAUAUUAAAGGGCUAUUGUAGCAAUCUCAUAGGCUUUAUCAUUAUGUAUAAUUUGGUGUAAGUUUGUUUCAUGACAAGCUCAUUACAUUACUUUAUCUUUUUACAAUCCAUGCAAAGAAAAUGGUAAUCUUUUUACAAUCCAUACAAAGAAAAAGGUGAUACGGUAGCUCAGGGAGGUUUGGGCAUGAGCAUACAUUCCUUUAAAUCUUUGCUAGUUAACUGAAUCAUUCUGUCUUUCAACAGUUUAUCUCCGGUCAUUUCUAGACUUCUAAGGUCAUUCAGGAUUACCAUGUUACUUCCAAAUAGUAUUUUUUCCUUUAAUUUCUGUCGUCAACUUUCCUUCUCAAACAUUCUUCUGC